AUGCUGAAGGCACCCGCGUUCCUGGAUCAGGAGGCGGGGGCGGCGCUGGGGCGCCUCGCCUCGCUGCCCGAGGAGGCGCUGCGCGGGCAGGUCCUCGGCACCGUGUUCGCCGUGCGGCAGUACCAUUGGCUCAAGCACUACGCCAUCCACCCGCCCAGGCGGCCGACGCGCGAGCGGGUGCGCCCCGCCCGGGGGCUGCCGCGCAGCACGCGGCUGAGCCGGCCCGUGGAUUCCACGGCGACCCUAUGCGACGACGGUGCUUUCCUCGUCAACGGCCAUCGCAUCGGCGAGCUCGCGCCUGAGCAGGACAGGGGCGUACGAUUCUGCAUGGGUGUGCACACGGGUGCAGCAAGCAGGGAGUUCCGUGUUAGCGAUGUCCCUGGCUCUGGCGACGACGUCGACUACGUCGUUGGAGUGCUGUUGGAGAUCCGCGGGUUAGAAAUCGUUCGCUCGUGCGACGCCUAA